UCUUUUAGCGCAGUGAACCGAUCGCAAUGAAAGAUUGUUUCACACAGUACACACCAUCCUCGGAGUACUUAAACCACGGCUUUCCGUGCCAGUCUCCCUCACUCCUUGCGAGCAGCGCUCAGAAUGUCCUAUCCAACUGAACAGACGCUCUUCUUCUCGUCGCCCGAAUUUGCUGUUGUUGGUGCCUCCACCGUAAAGGAGAAGUAUGGCACCCGGGUCCUCAAGUGGUACAUCGAUCGCAAUAAGACCGUUACUCCAGUCCACCCAAAAGAGGAAGUUUUGGAAGGAAUCAACACUGUGAAAACUUUGAGUGAAUUACCUCACCCAGCAAGCACUUCUGUCAGCAUCGUCACGCCCCCCAAAGUCACCCUUCGCCUUCUCGAGGAAGGAAAGAAGCUCGGAAUCCCGGCCUUCUGGUUGCAACCUGGCGCAGAAGACGAUGCGGUCCGGCAGUACAUUGAGGAGGGCGGUCUUUCCUCGAAAGUUGUCCUCGGUGGACCUUGUGUUCUCGUCGACGGCGACGGUGUCACUCGUUCGUUGCUUUGAAACCGUUCAUCCCUUUCCGUCCCGUUCGAGCGCCAAGGAAUUGGACAAUAAGUAGAAUAUGACGCACCGAAUUACAAUAAAAUUCAGAAACGCAA